AGUUAAGUAUCUCUUCCUGCAUUUAACAUUUCAGAAUACUUUAAAUUUACUGGUAUCAGUUUUUGUUGUUAUGUUUAAAAAAUCUUAAAACGCGUGAGUUAGAUCAAUUUAAAGCUGUAUUGAAAUUAUUUAAAAUGAAAUUAUUUUGCAACAAAAAGACAUAUUCUGACGGCGGAUAUGGAUGGGUUGUUGUGUUGUGCGCUUUUUGUAUCGGAUUUAUCACAGACGGAAUUUCGUUUGCUUUCGGAAUUUUAUUGGUUGAGUUACUGGAUGUGUUUGAGCAAGGGCGAGCACCAACCCUGGCGAUUGGAGCAGUGAUGAGCGGCAUGAUGUACUGUAUAGGGCCACUAUCAGGGGCACUUUGUACGAAGUACGGAUACCGUGCUAUUGCAGUCAGUGGCAGCAUCAUUAGUACCGUAGGGUUUGUGAUCGGCUCUUUCUCAUCCAACAUUUUACAUCUAUGCCUGUCGUACGGAUUUCUUGGCGGUACCGGAUUUGGUCUGAUGUACCUGUCAGCAAACGUGUGCAUGAUGCAUCAUUUUAAAGAACGACAGGCUAUUGCCAACGGGCUUGCCAUGUGUGGCUCAGGAGCCGGUGCAUUUGCCUUUAAUCAUUUAACAAACUUUCUUUUGGAAUCUUUUGGAUGGAGAGGAACUCUGCUUUUAACUGGCGGAAUUGUGCUAAAUGGAGUAGUUUUCGGAUUGCUUCUACUGCAGCCAACAACGGCGAAUGAAGACCUCCUUUCUGAUCCUAACACGGCAGGGAAACUGAAUAUAAAAGAGGAGACUGGACAAUGCAGUAAACCUUUGAGAGCUAUCAAGACAUUUUGCGAACAGACAUUUAAAGAAAUCCUGUUCAAAGAUAUCAGUUGUUUCAUUUUCUUUGUGUCGGUGUUUCUGUACUCGUUUGGGCGCGAUGUUCCAUUCAGUCUUAUACCAGACCAAGUGACUGAACUGGGUAUGAGCACAACUCAGGCAGCAUGGCUAAUUUCUGUGGCAGGAAUAACCAAUACUGUAAGCCGAGCAGGUUUUGGCUGGAUAGGAUAUCGACAAUGUAUAAAAAGGAUGGUUUUGCUUGAAAUACUUACAUUUCUUUUAGGAAUUUCAACAGGGUUGUCGUUCCUAUUUAUAUCUUUCGAAACAAAAUUGUUGUAUAUGAGCAUGUAUGGAAUUUUUACAGGUGGUUAUAACUCACUUCGCCGUAUUGUUCUCGCGGAUAUUUUUGGAAUGGAGAUGUUAGAUAAAUCAUUUGGACUGAUGAUGUUGAUAAUAGCAAUUGCAGAUGCAGUCUCUACGCCGUCUCUUGGUCACUACUUAAAGCAAGAAAAGGAUUUACAGUUUGUAAUUUGUCAUUUAAGGUUGGCUGUUUGACAAAACAGGAAAUUACAACAUGUCCUUCAUCGUCACUGGAGCGGUUUUUAUAUUCGGUGGAAUUCUGAUGUUGAUUCCACGAAUUCUAUAAUUCAAGAAAAAGCCUUACAAUUUGCAUGCAUGAGGUUAUUCCAAUGGCUUGAAAAUUGUUACCAUAUUUUACAGUAUGUCAUUGAAACAUAUAAUAUUUCAUAAUUAAAAACAAAUCAGAAGUUUAAUUAAUUCUACAAACACUCGUCAAUAUAUACUAGUACGUAACUCCAUGGUUUAAUUUUACGCAAAAACAUAAUGCGCAGGCUGGUCUGGAUCCAUGCUGGUCGCAAACCCACUAUGUUGGUUUUUUCAUGGCGCGGCUCAUAUGUCUCACACAAAAGUUGUGUUUCAUAGUAUCUUAAGUACAAGGCAAAAAUAUACUGUCUAAUCAUUAACGUGUGAUAUGGACCUUCAAGCGUGCCUUAAAGCAUUUUCUCUUGCUCAAAAGUUUUUAGCAAUUUAUUACUUGAAAUAACAGGAAUCUAUUGAAUUAAUGAUAUUUGUUUCCAUUGAGCGUGAAUGUUGAAUAAUUCGGUUAACAAUAACAAUAUUAAUUGUAUUAUCUUAUAAUCCAAAUCUGGAAGAUGUAUAUUAUUUUGGGACAGACUUUCCAUUUUUGCACGACUUAACUGUGAAUUAAUCUUUGUGACGCGUGGUAAAUUUUUUUGCGCUAGGUUUGCAAUCGGUAGAUUUUCAUGAAAUAUGUCGCAAAGGUUUGAAGUUUUAAAGCCCAAUGUUUGUUAUCGUUUUGAUACUUUAUCCAUCUUAUGCGGUUACAAAUUAUGGCAACUUUUCUGUUAUAUACAUGCAGGUAUUGUUACAGAAAACGGGGAUUGUGACAAUCAAAUGCUAGCCUUCUUUUAAAACGUGGUUAUUGUUAUACUUAUAAUGUGUGUAUUUGAGACGUGUUUGUCGAAGAAAUAUUUAAGUAAUAUAAAUGUUAUAUAAUAUAUUUUAGUGAUAUGUGUAUUUUUGUAUAAAUGUUUGAUUAUAAAUUGACUGUUUGAUUGUGUAGAUGUAUGAAUGUAUAUGAAAUGUAACCCUUACCCUGCUAAAUUUCUUAAAUGGACUGGUCCAUCAUUCAAUUUGGGCAAUACCAUUUGUUAUUCGAAGGGAUAUUCACUGAAGAUUUGAUAACUGAAUAGCGAACAGUGCAGACCAUGAUCAGCUUGCACGGAUGUGCAGGCUGAUCUUGGUCUGCACUGGUCGCAAAGACAGAACCACUUGCCGCCAGCAGGUUAAAGGUUAAUUGAAGGCCAUACUGGAAAUAAGUUGUAUAAUAUUUGUAUUUGUACACUUAGUAUGUAACCAUCAGAAAAUAAAGAUGUUAUCUUAACUUAUAACAAAUGUGUAUGUAUGAUAAGUUAAGGCAUAUCUCCCAUAUUGUGAUGCACUGCCUCGUCUCCAAUUUGAAUGCGGAAUAUAGUAUAUUGGAUAUUUUAUCUCACUGAGCAGCCCUGACCGAUGAAAAACGCUGAAAUUUGCAUUCUGCAUAUCGUUUUAAAUAUCAUGUUGAAUACUUGUAUCAAAUUAUUAUACAACUAUUCCAUGGAAGAAAAUGAUCAAGCGCGGUAAUAAAACCGUGAGUGUAAUUGAGCUUAUUGUGCGACCGUGAAAUGAUACAUGACUUUAAAUGUUACAUUCUCAUGUCAAAUGUCACGUUUAAUUGAUCUCGGCUUACGACUUAACCCUGAAUUAGCACAGCUGACGGUUACAUUCUCAUUCUACAUGUCGCCUGCUGAAAAACGAUUUAUCGUAACUCUAUUUUUUUUCAAAAUUGACAUAUUGGUGCAGUUGGAUCAGAUCUGAAAUGCUGUAUGUCCUGUCACAUCCCUUAUUUACCUAGUUGGUCCCGUUUUCACGUAUAUUGAAAACAUCAAAAUGUCGUAUCUCCAUACGUUUAACCACCUUUUACGAAACAGUAUGUCUUAUUUCAAUCAGCCAAUCAAGUAUCAGAAUGUUGUCACAAUCAGCCAAUCAAGUAACAGAAUGUUGUCACGUGAUAAAAAUUGCUAAAUCUGAAGUCACGGUCGUAUCUCCAAAACUUGGGUUCUGCAUUAAAAAAUAAAAUGUCGCAAGUCCAACUCAUACUGAGCACUCUCUAUGAGAAAAUGUUUACCUACAAACAAUCAAAUCAUAAUUUUAUAUGAACAACAAACGCUGAAGAGAAUUUAAAAGGGCAGACGUUGCCUAUAAUAUACUCAAAGUAUAGCUGCUUUGGAGUUUUCAAAAGACCUUUUGUAACAAAAACGUUUUGGCAAGUUGAAACUUCGAUUUUCUCGAAAAGUGAAAAGUGGUAGUUGCGACAAAUCGUUUUUCAGGAGGCGAUGUCUCGGUUAAUUGAUCACAGCUUACGACUUAGCCCUGAACUUACGUGGCUACAAUGUAAGUUCCAUUAGCUUAUGACUUAACCCUGAAUUAACGU